CUCAUCUCUCUCUCUCCUCAAUUUCGCGUUCUUUCUCUUCCAAUUGAAUCGACAGUUUCAUAUCUCUAAAUCCAGUUGCAAGGGGAGGAGGAUGGCUUAGUGAGCCUAUUUUUCUUAUCACAAGAAUCUGAGGAGCCCGGCACUGGAGAGUUACAUGGGAUCUGGUCGCCAGGUGUCGGUGCCGUCUAUGGCACCUUCCCUGAUGGCUGGAGGUUUAUCGCAUUCUUCUUAUAGUUCGGGAAUUCUUCUUCAUGGAGACAAUCAACCCAAUUCUGUAGGAAAUACUCAUUUGAGCCCAUCUUUUGGAACUUCGUUAAAUUCGAUUCCAGGACUUGCGCGUGCUGGUGACAUGAUGUUGAACAGCGUGGCGAACACUGGGCCAAGUGUGGGUGCAAGUUCGUUAGUGACGGAUGCAAAUUCUGGAUUUUCAGGAGGUUCUCAUCUCCAAAGAAGUACAAGCUUUAAUACGGAUUCUUACAUGCGCAUACCAGCAUCGCCCAUGUCAUUCACAUCCAACAAUGUAGGUGUUUCUGGUUCUUCAAUUAUGGAUGGAACCUCCAAUCAAGAGCCAAGAUCCCAGCAAGGACAAUUAACUCAGGCUCAACAAGGUGCAUCUUUUCCUGCAGCAAGGAUGGGUCAACUUUCAAUUCCUUCUGGUUCCCGGGUCCCUGGAUCUUUCAUCCAGGACCCAUCUUUGUUAUCAAUGCAUAAGAAACCCAUGUUGGAUAUAAAACAAGAAGACAUUUUGCAACAGCAGGUUCUUCAACAGCUGAUGCAGAGGCAGGACUCCAUGCAGCUGCACAGCCAAAAUCCUCAGAUGCAAGCUUUAAUCCAGCAGCAGAGAUUACGGCAACAACAACUAAUACAGUCAAUGUCACCCAUGCAACGUGUACAAUUCUUACAGCAACAACAACAACAACUUUCAAUGAGACAGCAGCUUCAACAACCAGGCACACAACAUCUAUCUGGCAUGAAACGCACCUUUGAGAGUGGCGCAUGUUCAAAUCGGCUAAUGCAGUACCUAUAUCAUCAGCAGCAACGACCAUCUGAGAAUUCCAUUUUCUAUUGGAGGAAGUUUGUAGCCGAGUAUUAUUCCCCACGUGCAAAGAAAAGGUGGUGCUUGUCACAAUAUGAUAAUGUUGGACAUCAUUCACUUGGUGUCUUUCCCCAGGCUACCAUGGAUGCCUGGCAUUGUGAAAUUUGUGGCUCCAAGUCUGGAAGAGGAUUUGAGGCAACAUUUGAAGUGCUGCCACGACUAAAUGAGAUCAAGUUUAGCAGUGGUGUCAUUGAUGAACUCUUAUUCCUGGACUUGCCUCGUGAAGUUAGAUACCCUAAUGGAAUAGGUAUGUUGCAUUAUGAAAAGGCUGUCCUAGAGAGUGUAUAUGAGCAACUUCGUGUUAUUCGCAAGGGUCAGCUCCGUGUGAUAUUUACACCUGAUUUGAAGAUUCUCUCUUGGGAAUUCUGUGCACUUCGUCACGAGGAGUUCCUUUCUAGAAAGCUAGUUGCUCCUCAGGCCAAUCAGUUGCUACAAGUUGCCCAAAAGUUUCAAAACACAAUCACUGAAAGUGGGCCCGAUGGUAUCUCGCAGCAGGAUUUGCAGACAUAUAGCAAUAUGGUUGUGACUGGUGGGCGUCAAUUGGCGAGGACAUUGGAACUGCAGUCACUGAAUGAUCUGGGAUUUUCGAAAAGAUAUGUGCGGUGCUUGCAGAUAGCUGAGGUGGUUAAUAGCAUGAAAGAUCUAAUGAAUCUCUGCAGUGAACAGAAAGUUGGUCCAAUUGAGAGUUUGAAAAGUUAUCCUCGACGAACCACCGCAUCUACAAACAUGGAACAGUUAGGUUGUGCUCAGAAUAUGCCUAUGGAUGGAAGCUCCGUGAAUAAAUUAAUCCCCGCCCAUCCUAGAUCCAAUAAUACUCAGAUGGCCAACAAUAAUAUCGCCAUUGCUGGUAGAGGAACUUCGACAGGGCCAGCAGCAGCCCAAGUGAUGAUGAAUCCAAACUCCAAUUCUUCUCCCCAGCAGCAGGAAUCAUCAUCAUCAUCUUCUAUAAAUCAUAAUAAUAAUAGUCAGAGAGUUGUUGUUUAUUCAUCAUCAGGAAUCCAACAAGGACAGGUAAAUAAUAGUCAGAGCUUGAUCCAACAGAGUCAUCAAUCUCAUCAGAAUACAACAAAAUCAUCUUCUUCUUCAUCUUCUGGCGGAGGAGGCGGAGAGAAGAAGGUGGUAGGGGGGAUGAACGGAUCAGAUUAUCUUAAUUUACCAGAUAACAUGUUUCAGGACAUAGGUAAUGAGUUUGGAGAUAAUGUUGGGUUCUUCAGCAAUGACCUUAACGGUUUUGAAUGGAAAUCUUGAUUCAAAUCCAAAUCAUCAUCUCCAUUAUUAUUAUUAUUAUUAUUUCCAAACAAACCCACAAUUGUUCGUUGGGUUAUUUUGAUGUUUGCCUUGUAUAUACAUCAAAUUUCUGCAUAAUAUGUGUGAGAGAGAGAUUGCUCAUUCUUUUAAGGCCUUGUUUGGAUUAGGAUUAUUCUAAUAAUCUAGAAGGAAAAAUGAAUAAUUAUUG